GUGGCCCUCACAUGCAUCUAUCAAACACAGCUGAUCGUGACGUCACUCGGCAACAUGGCGGACUGGAAUAGAGGUCAUGGCUCUGUGGACGACAUGCUGGAUACUGAAAACAAACGGCUGGCUGAGAACCUGGCCACCAAAGUCUCCAGACUGAAAUCUCUGGCAUACGAAAUCGACAGAGAGGCUGAUGAUCAGAAUGAGUAUCUGGAUGGCAUGGACUCAAACUUCUUGAGUGCGACGGGCCUGCUGAGCGGCAGCGUGAAGCGUUUCUCCACCAUGGUCCGAUCAGGCAGAGACAACCGCCGCAUCCUCUGCUACGUCUCUGUGGGCCUGGUCCUGGUCUUCUUCCUGCUCUACUACAUGGUCUCCAGGAUCCAACGCUGACAGGAAAACAAAGAUCAGCCAGGAGCUGAGACUGCAGACUCAUAUUUGAUAAAUCAUCUCUGUGGCUCUCCUGCACGGGAAAAGACUUUUUAUUCUGCACCAAAGUGAGAAAACAAACAGGAAGUAGACGGGAAACAUUUUGUUGUAUUGUUGAACUGACCAGCGGGGGCGCCGGCCAGCUCAGCAGGGGAAAAGGUGGUGAGCCUGGUCAUACCCAACAUGCUGGAGUCUAUUAAACAAAAAAACAUAUGCCUGGAGUUUGUGGCUUUUCAGCCCAGCACCAUGUUUGACCCUGCAGCCAGGAAGUCCUAAUAUGGGCAAAGAGAAGUUGGAGCCUAAACAGAGCUCAGGUGGGAGAAGCGCCCAACACAAAUGAGUGGCUGUGCCUCGUUUCCAGACUACACAGUAAUUUAAAAGGUGUGUAGGAUUUAGUGGCAUCUGGUUGCAGAACUGACACUUCUCCUGUGUGCCAAGGGUGGAGGAAAACAACGGGGGAAAAUGCGAAUGGCCCAUUCUAGAGCCAGUGUUUGGUUUGUCCAUUGUUGGCUACAGUAGAAACAACAUAGUGGGCUCAGUGGAAGAGGAGCCGCUCCGUAUGUAGAUAUUAAGGGCUCAUUCUGAGGUUUAGUUUCAGGUGAUUCAACACCUAUGGUCCAUUUCUGCCAACAGAUGCCCCUGAAUCCUACACACUGGACUUUAAAAGUAGUUUUUGAGUUGUAACUAAUUUAUUCAAAUUAUUAUUGACAGAAUUACUCACCAGUGACACUGACCCCCCCCCCCCCCCCCAAAAAAAAAGUUCUCAGCAUUGGUUCGAGGAACAUGACAAGGUGCUCAAGCCAUCAACAUCUCAGAUAUUAUUUAUGUAGUGUGGAAUUAAGACAGCAGCAGCAGGGAGCAGGAUGUGAUGCCGCCAUCUGCUGUUGGCUGGUCUUCAGGGCACCAGGUGAUGUCACCAUGUGUUGAAGGGUUGUCAAUCUAUUGUUUUUUUAACAAGGGUUUGUGUUAGCAGAUAGCUCUUGUUAGCAUGCAGUGAAAUUGUAUAGAUCUUGAUUGACAGGAGACAAAGUUACAGGCUAACACUGAUACUGUUGCACAUGAUUUUAUUUUUUUAACAAACAUAAAUGUGUUGGUUUUGUUUUACUUUGGUUUGAUGAGCAAUUUAAGUUCAGUGUGUGUUUGCAGUAAAGCCUGUUUCCCUCAAGUAAUGAUGAUUAAAAGUUGGGAUCUGUUUUGUUUAUGGUUUACACGGACAGUUUGCAUAAUUCUUCUGUCUUGUUUUUGUACUCCACAUUAAGUCGGCACAGCACAUCACUGCUGAAGAGAGACUGCAGGAGAUUUAAGAGCAUUCAAAAGAGUUUCCUUUCUCUGUUUACAUUCCAGCUGACUGGAUGGCUCAUCACCCGCAGCAGACAUUUAUUAUUUUUAUUAAUUAUUAUUAUCAUUAAUACACAUGUAAUAAAUGAUUUUAAUUGUGGAA